UCGGGAUAUAUACAGUUCACAACUGCACUGGUCCUCAGCACGCAUAUUUCCAGCUGACUGCUUCAUUGCUUAGUCACCGAGUACACUUCCAGCCAACUCAGGUAGGCGAUCUCGGCAAAUUGCUGUAUCAUCAGCUAUCGGAAACCAAAACGGUCCACAUCAUCGAUCAGGUUCUGCAUGCCAAUCAGCAAGGAAAGAUCCAGGUGAAGUUUGCAGCCAGUCGAGAGCUCAGCAAUUACAUCAUUGCGACGCACUGCCCGCGAGUAGCCUCUCCUCGGAUCCGCCUUUCAUUGCGCAAUGGAACCAACACAGAUUCAGAAAGCUUUCCAAUAUUGGCCAGUAAUUACGUCUCAUGGGUACCGGAAGGUUCCCACACUGGAGGCGUAUGGACAGCAACCAUUUCCGACAUCUCUGGCAGCUGCCGUGUCUACGUAUUUGCUGACUCACCAUAUAAAUACGGCUUCACAUUGCGUCGUGUUAACGUUCCAGGAAAAGAAAUGAGCAUGCUGAUUGUAUCCGGGAACAGCCAGGACAUAAUGGCCCUGACCGGUGUGGAACUUCGAACGACCAACGACUCAUCCUCGUUGAACACAUUUACCACGGACCAAGGGAUUGCGAUCGGAAGCAAUGUGGUGUUGUUUGGGCCAAUCGAAACACCCCAAGCAAACAGUGGUUACCCAAGGCUGUAUGCUCACCAGUCGCCAGUUACGGACAAGGUUCCAAUCCGACAAAUGGCGGAUAGGUGCACUAGUUGCUGCUUACUCUCGUAAAUUAAUACCCUAAUACCCCUGUAUCAGUGUAUUGAAAGCAGUAUUGUACCACCCAUACACGUAUAUGUACAUACUCCCCUUGAACUUCAACAGAGAAUUUAAGUUUAUAUUUUCAAUAUAAACCUCAACCUUAACCUGGAUAUAAACGCCUUGUGGGAGUUGAAUUGAAGCUGGAGGUAGAAUUGCUCAAUUGAGGCUGGUUUAAGUAUACAACGGAAUACCCUUUUGUUUAUGCUUCAGUACGUGGAACAUAAACUGAACACAAACGAGGCGAAGCCGAGGUUUGUGUUCAUUGUAUAUAUUCCACGUAUCAAUCUAAGGUUAGUUUGUAUCAUAUACCUCAUUUCUUCUGUGCUGCGCUGAUGGGCCCACAAAGGACGAAACAGUUCUGUCCGCAGAUUGUGUAUCAUAUACAUACAACUUUGAAGAAACUAGCUUUUCCAAGCAUGUAUCAC